AGUGCAUGUGAUACAAUGCAGUGGUAUAAACAUUCUUCAAAUGGAUUUCUUUACAGCUCCCUUCCAAUUAAACUUUAUGAAAGUUGCUGGAAAACCUCGUGGGGUUCAAGAAACUGUACAUGAUGGCAGUAAGAAGAAAGGGCAGAAAAAACAAAAAAUGGUUGUGUCAAUUGAUGAUGACCAUUCACCUGAUGACCCUGAUCCUACUGGUUCAAAUGGUGAAACUGAUGCAUCUGUUCCUAAUGAUCCAAGAGAUAAAACACAUGAGCCUGGCAAAGACAAGGAACCUGAUUGUUUUAAGCUCACAACUGUGGCAACAAAAGGCAGGCCUGCCACCACUCAUAGCAGUAAGAGAAACCCCUCCCUACCACACAUUGACUGA